AUGAGCUCUGAUUCGGUGAAUAAGAUUGACGUGGCACAGUUGGUGCCUAAUGCAAUUGGCAUGCUAGUAUUCGACGAAAACUGCAAUGUAAUUGACGCAUCCGGGGUAGGAAAACAACGUUUGGAAGAUAUCGUUGCCAUUAACCAAGUAGAGGUGGAUAAUGAAGGUUUCGGAGCCUUGAAGAGUGCAGACACCCUGGUGGUGGUUUAUAAACAAAAUGGCAAGACUGUGGCUGUUUAUACAGCUAAAAAAUAG